GCCGAGCCGUGGGCGCUGACCGUGCGGGGGGCGGCGCGGUGAGGCCGGGGACAGGCGGGCUCCAGCUAUGCAGGGCGCGGGGUCCUCCCCCGCAAACGCGGGGAGCGCGGGGCGUGGCCAGGCCCGGGGGCGAGGCACAGGUCCCUCCCCGAAGUUGAGACAAAAGUUUGAGGCUGGAGACAGCGAGGCCGUGCGGUCAGCGUUUGCCCGGCGCUCCAGUUGUCCCUCAGAUGCGAGGCUGAGCCAGGGACGAGCUGCGUUCAGCCCUAGGCCACUGUGGGGAACGGAGGUGGCGCUUCCCCAGCAAAGCGGACCGACUGGGUAGGGCUGGCCGCCCGCCCUGUCCUCUCGCCGUGCGUGGCUCCUGGGCGGUCGGGGGAACUGCCGUGCACCGCAUGGCCUCCGCGCCCACUCGGCUACGGCCGAGGGAGGCGGCGGCUGGCGGGCGGGCUCCGGCUCAGCUCUUGCGCGACUCCGGCGCUGCUCCCACGAGCGCUGCGCGCGGCGCCGCAGAGCCUGGUCCUUAGAGGCGCGCGCGGCGACUCCGGCCGCUCCGGAGCUCAGGGUAGAGGACACGGCGACCCGGCUGUUUCGGGGCGGGGAUCGCUCGCCCCGAACUUCGCGCCCUGCGAUGUCCACUCACGUUCUGGGAUUUUCACGCAACUGGACUCCCCUCCUCCUGGCAGCGCCCAGGGGCGGUGUCUCCUCUCCCCCAGAUCCGGCAACCGCAGGGAAUGACGCGGGUGCCCCUACAGCCCCGGCUCCGGGCGGGGAGGGCGAGCCCCACAGCCGGCACCGAGACGCCCGCCUGGGCAGGACCGAUAAGGAGCUGAAGGCAGGAGCCGCCGCCGCAGACAGCGCCCCGACAGCGCCGGGGACCCCCUGGCAGCGGGGGCCACGGGUCGAGGUUAUGGAUGCAGCGGGCGGCUCCCGGAACCCGCUCCCGAGGCCCUGCCGAGUGCUGGUGCUGUUAAAUCCGCGCGGGGGCAAGGGCAAAGCCCUGCAGCUCUUCCGGAGCCACGUGCAGCCCCUGCUGGCCCAGGCCGAUGUCUCCUUCACGCUGACGCUCACUGAGCGGCGGAACCACGCCCGGGAGCUGGUGCGGGCGGAGGACCUGAGACGUUGGGACGCGCUGGUGGUCAUGUCUGGAGACGGGUUGAUGCAUGAGGUGGUGAACGGGCUCAUGGAGCGGCCUGACUGGGAGACCGCCAUCCAGAAGCCCCUGUGUAGCCUCCCAGCCGGCUCUGGCAAUGCACUGGCCGCUUCUGUGAACCAUUAUGCCGGCUUCGAGCAGGUGACCAAUGAAGACCUCCUGACCAACUGCACCCGGCUGCUGUGCCACCGGCUGCUGGCGCCCAUGGAUCUGCUGUCCCUGCAGACAGCCUCCGGGCAGCGCCUCUUCUCCGUGCUCAGCCUGGCUUGGGGUUUCAUCGCUGACGUGGAUCUGGAGAGUGAGAAGUUUCGGCGCCUGGGUGAGAUGCGCUUCACUCUGGGCACCUUCCUGCGCCUGGCGGCCCUGCGCACCUACCAGGGCUCCCUGGCCUACCUCCCUGUAGAAACGGUGGUCUCCAAGAUGCCCCCCUGCCCCGCUCGGGACCAGCAGGCCCAGCAGGGCCCUGUGGACGCCCACCUGGUGCCCCUGGAGGAGGCAGUGCCCUCUCACUGGACGGUGGUGCCGGAGCAGGACUUCGUGCUGGUGCUGGCGCUGCUGCACUCACACCUGGGCAGUGAGAUGUUUGCUGCACCCAUGGGCCGCUGUGCGGCCGGCGCUAUGCAUUUGUUCUACGUGCGGGCAGGUGUGUCUCGGGCCACACUGCUGCGCCUCUUCCUGGCCAUGGAGAAAGGCAGGCACAUGGAGUGUGACUGUCCCCACUUGGUGUACGUGCCCGUGGUUGCUUUCCGCCUGGAACCCAAGGACAGGAAGGGUGUGUUUGCUGUGGACGGGGAACUGAUGAUCAGUGAGGCUGUGCAGGGCCAGGUGCACCCAAACUACUUCUGGAUGGUCAGUGGCUGCAGGGAGUCCCCACCCUCUCUGGAGCCACAGGCCUCACCCAGCUGGAGGCCACCUCCAGCGGAGCACUUAUGACUCCGCGGGCCUUGCCGUGCCUUAGUCUGUCUACUUGGUUUACUCUGAGCUUAGGCCCCUCCCUCCCACCCCAGGGACUGGAGGGCCUGUCCACAGCUCACGUGGCCGGUCGGGAGGAGGAGGAAGACUCCUGGAGAAGGCUGGGAAGGAUGGCUCUGCCCACCAAAGGCCAGGAUGAGGUGCUGGGCUAGGAGCGUGGAGGCCAC